CCCUCGUCUCUUCUUAGCGUCGUAUCCUUAUCAUCAAUUCCACCGCCAAAAAGAAAGAAACAAAAAAAUUGAUAAUUCAGCCAUUGAUUCACAAGCCAGAUUCGAGAUACGUGCCUUAACAUAUCGUUGAUUAAUAAUAACAAAAAAAGAAAAAAAACAUUAAAAAAAAGAAGAAAAAAUGGAUGUUUUUAUUUGCAUCUCUGUUCUGCAUUGCCUAGUCUGUAUCAGUAUUUUCCUCUGGCUUCGUAGGGCAGCUCUUCCAGGAUUCCAGGGUGCUGGAUGCCCCAUGUUAUUUUACUACUACAGUUUUUCUUCUUUUGAAAGGAUUUUAUUCUCUACUCUUGACUGAGAUCUGUUCUUUUCAGAAUUGUUUGAUCGCUACUUGGAUUUCGGUUCAUACCCAUUGUUUAAUUCUUCGGUUACAAGUAUAAGAUGCUUGGGAAUGGAGUUGUUGGAAUCCUUUCCGAGUCUGUGAAUAAAUGGGAAAGAAGGGUUCCUCUAACCCCAUCACACUGUGCUCGACUUCUACACAGUGGGAGGGAAAAAACUGGAGUAGCCCGUAUAGUUGUGCAGCCGUCUACAAAACGCAUCCAUCAUGAUUCACUCUAUGAGGAUGUUGGUUGUGACAUAUCAGAUGACUUGUCAACAUGUGGUCUAAUUUUGGGUAUCAAGCAGCCAAAGCUAGACAUGAUUCUUCCUGAUAGAGCUUAUGCCUUCUUCUCACAUACUCACAAAGCUCAGAAAGAAAACAUGCCUUUGUUAGAGAAGAUUCUGGCGAAGAGGGUAUCAUUGUAUGACUAUGAGCUUAUUGUUGGGGACCAUGGUAAAAGGUUACUUGCAUUUGGCAAAUAUGCUGGCAGAGCAGGAAUAAUUGAUUUCUUAUGUGGAUUAGGACAGCGGUACCUAAGUCUUGGAUAUUCAACACCUUUACUCUCUCUGGGUGCAUCUUAUAUGUAUCCCUCGUUGGCUGCUGCAAAGGCUGCAGUGAUCUCUGUGGGUGAAGAGAUAGCAUCUCAGGGACUGCCAUCAGGAAUAUGUCCUCUAGUCUUUGUAUUCACCGGUUCUGGAAAUGUUUCUCAUGGUGCACAAGAGAUAUUUAAACUUCUUCCUCAUACUUUUGUUGAACCAAGCAGACUUCCAGAACUCUUUGGGAAGGUAAGGAAUCUUAAUUCACCAGCACGAACAUCAAAGAGGGUCUUUCAAGUUUAUGGUUGUGUUGUGACUAGUCGGGACAUGGUUGAGCACAAAGAUCCUUCAAAAAUAUUUGAUAAAGCAGAUUAUUAUGCACAUCCAGAGCAUUACAACCCCGUUUUCCAUGAAAAAGUAGCCCCAUAUGCAUCAGCAAUUGUCAAUUGCAUUUAUUGGGAGAAAAGAUUUCCUCGGUUGUUGAGUACCCAGCAGCUUCAAGAUCUAAUGAGGAAAGGAUGUCCACUUGUUGGGAUCUCUGAUAUAACUUGUGAUGUAGGGGGCUCAAUAGAGUUUGUUAAUGAAACUACGUCAAUAGACUUACCUUUCUUCAGAUAUGACCCCUUAACCGAUUCCUACCAUCAUGACAUGGAGGGUAAUGGAAUAUUAUGUUCAGCUGUUGAUAUUCUCCCAACUGAGUUUGCAAAAGAGGCUUCUCAACACUUUGGAGACAUUCUGUCCCAGUUUGUUGGUAGUUUAGCCUCUACAGCCGAUGUUUCCAAGUUACCUGCACACCUGAAGAGAGCUUGCAUAGCCCAUGGGGGAGCACUUACCUCCUUAUAUGAAUAUAUCCCUCGUAUGAGAAAUUCAGACACAGAAGAUAUAUCAGAUAAUCUUGCUAAUGGACACUCUAACAAGAAAUACAGUGUAUUGGUAUCUCUGAGUGGCCACUUAUUUGACCAGUUCCUGAUAAAUGAGGCUUUGGAUAUAAUUGAAGCUGCAGGUGGUUCCUUUCACUUGGUGAAGUGCCAAGUGGGCCAGAGCACAAGCGCCAUGUCUUACUCAGAACUCGAGGUUGGUGCAGAUGAUAGGGAAGUUCUGGAUCAGAUUAUUGAUUCUUUAACUUCUGUUGCUAAUCCAAGUGAAAAUCAUGUAAUCAUAAGUCAAGAAAUGAAUAAGAUUUCCCUGAAGGUUGGUAAGAUCCAGGAGACUGUCGACACGACUGAGUUUGACACAAAAAGGAGGAAAUCGGUUCUUAUUCUGGGUGCAGGCCGGGUCUGUCAACCAGCUGUUGAGUUGUUAGCAUCAACAGGAAGCAGUUCAUCCCGCCAAUGGUAUAAGACAUGCCUUGAAACUGAUUUUGAAGAGCAGAACGAUGUUCAUGUUAUUGUUGCGUCUCUCUACCUUAAGGAUGCAGAAGAGAUAAUUCAAGGUAUUCCAAAUGCAACAGCAGUUGAGCUUGAUGUGACAGAUCAUGGAUCUCUUUGUGAAUAUAUUUCACAGGUUGAGGUCGUUGUUAGUUUGUUGCCUCAGAGUUGCCAUGUUGUUAUAGCAAAUGUUUGCAUUGAGCUCAAAAAACAUCUUGUCACAGCAAGUUAUGUUGACAAUUCCAUGUCAAUGCUGGAUGAAAAAGCCAAGAAUGCUGGUAUUACAAUUCUUGGUGAAAUGGGCUUGGACCCUGGAAUAGAUCACAUGAUGGCAAUGAAGAUGAUCAACGAAGCACAUGUCAGAAAGGGCAAAAUAAAGUCUUUCACUUCUUAUUGUGGAGGGCUCCCAUCACCAGCAGCUGCAAAUAAUCCAUUAGCAUAUAAAUUCAGUUGGAAUCCAGCAGGAGCUAUUCGAGCCGGGCAAAAUCCUGCCACUUACAAAUCUCAGGAUGAAACUGUGCAUGUAAAUGGGGAUGACCUCUACUAUUCAGCUGUGAGAUUCCGGAUACCUGAGCUUCCAGCUUUUGCAUUGGAGUGCCUCCCUAAUCGUAACUCAUUAAUUUAUGGGGAGUUGUAUGGAAUAGGAUAUGAAGCAUCAACCAUUUUCCGCGGAACCCUCCGCUAUGAAGGUUUUAGUGAGAUAAUGGCCACACUUGCUAGAAUUGGUCUAUUCAAUGCUGAAGCUCAUCCACUUCUUGAACAUGAAAGUCGACCAACAUUUAGAACUUUCCUAUACAAACUUCUAAAAAUUGAUACUGAAGCAAUGGAUGAAGCUGUAAUUGGAGAGAAGGAGAUAACUGAAAGGAUUGUAAAACUUGGACAUUGCAAGGAUGGAGGAGCUGCAGUAAAGGCUGCCAAAACUAUUAUGUUUUUGGGACUACUCGAGCGGACAGAAAUUCCUGUUUCCUGCCACAGUGCGUUUGCUGUAACCUGUCACCGCAUGGAAGAAAAGCUAGCAUAUUCCCGCACAGAACAGGAUAUGGUUUUGUUGCAUCAUGAAGUGGAGGUAGAUUUCCCAGAUAGCCAACAUACAGAGCAUCAUACUGCGACUUUAUUGGAAUUUGGGAAGGCUAAGAAUGGGAAAAUGACCUCUGCUAUGGCCCUUACUGUCGGUGUUCCGGUAGCAAUUGGAGCUCUGCUUUUACUUGUAAACAAGAUCACAACACCAGGUGUGUUGAGGCCUAUUCAACCUGAAGUAUAUGUACCAGCUUUGGAUAUUCUUCAAGCCUAUGGUAUUAAAUUGAUGGAGAAAACUGAGUGAUCAUUUCUCAAGAUGUCCUUUAUAUGUUCUUGCGGACAAAUGGUGGUUUUUAAACCAGAACUUCCAAAUCAGGAGAAGAUGAUGAUCCGGAUUGGUUCGAUUAUCCCAUUGAGUUUGCUUUGCAAAACCACAAAAGGGCUGGAUAAUACCAAUCUAUUACCCCCAAAGGGCUUUGUAAUUAUUCUAAAAUAAAACAUUCACACAGAUAAUGCGUAUAUCAUUUUGCAUUUUUAUCCAAUAAAAAAGUAUCUUGAUCUUCUCAAAUUACUUUAUUGUUUAUUAUUUAAAAUGGGUACAUAAUAGCAUUAUUAUAAGUAAACAACCAAAAAAAAAAAAAAA